UCGCUUUGUUCCAGAAGCUUCUUCCUUCAGCUGAUAAAGGAGUGCAAACUAUGGGUGAUUCAAUCGAUUUGACUGGUGAUGGAGGAGUCAUUAAAACCACUGUGAGAAAAAGCAAAUCCGAUGCUGUCGCUCCAACAGAAAAUUUUCCUCUUGUUGAUGUUCAUUAUGAAGGCACACUUGCUGAUACUGGUGAAGUUUUUGACACUACGCAUGAAGAUAACACUGUCUUCUCUUUUGAGCUUGGAAAGGGCAGUGUUAUCAAGGCUUGGGAAAUUGCAGUGAAAACCAUGAAGGUUGGAGAAAUUGCAAAAAUAACUUGCAAGCCAGAAUAUGCAUAUGGCAGUGCGGGAUCUCCUCCAGAUAUUCCUCCAGAUGCAACACUUGUUUUUGAAGUUGAGCUAGUUGCCUGUCGGCCACGAAAGGGCUCCAGUCUGGGAAGUGUUUCAGAUGAGAGAGCUAGGCUAGAAGAGCUGAAGAAGCAAAGAGAGCUAGCUGCUGCUGCGAAAGAGGAGGAGAAGAAGAAGAGAGAAGAAGCAAAAGCAGCGGCUGCUGCACGCGUGCAAGCUAAGUUAGAAGCCAAGAAAGGUCAAGGAAAGGGUAAAGGUAAAGCAAAGUAGGGACUUAUCAAACAUCUACGUAAAUUUGAUAUAUGAUGACAAUCAAAUAGUUAUGUAUCCAGUAUAUCCCUUCCCCAUUUGCCCAUCAAAAACAAUGCUACAUAAUCAACAUGCUGUGAUAUUCGUUAAAUAACAUAAUAAUUUUGAUUGCGAGAAUAUUUUACUAGGGUUUUUGU